AUGGGGGAAAGACCCCAGAAUCGGACGACAAAGUCGGUGCCGGUGAUGGCGGUGGUUCGAGGGUUCAUCAAAGCGACGGUGAAGGAGAAGAUCCCCGAAGAUUCCAUCAGCCAUGUGCCGGUGACGGAGCUAGCAGAAAAGAAUGACUCGCUAAGGCGAUGUGAUGAGAUUGAGAGCUUCAUCGAGCUUCAGCUCGAGCUCUGGGAGCUCUGA